AUUUAACAUCUCUAUUUUAUAAAGUAUCACAAUUUUUAUUAGAAAUACUUCAAUUUUAAAUAAAAAAUAUACUAUUUAAUUAUCAAAUAUUUAUAGUGUUAUAGAUAUAAAUUAUUAAAAAAAGAAAAUGCAUUCCAGUUAUUAAUAAAAUGCAUAAUGUUAUAUAUUAAUGUAUAAAUAUUAAUAAUUCUACUAAUCAUAUAUGGAUUGGAGUGUUUGUAUAUGCGUUUGCUAUCAUAAUUGCGACUACAGUUCUAAUUGUAAAACAAAAUUGUUAAUUGUUGAUGGUUGUCGAUUUUUUAAGCAUCAAAAUGGGUAAUUCUUUCAAGUGAAUAAAAUUUUUAUGUGGAACCUUUAAAUAUUUGUACUCUUUGGACAUAAAAUGGGUACAACAAUGGGAAAAAAUGGUAAUUUCCUGGAUGCCUUACCAUCGCAGUAUUUGUAUGUAUAGGGCACAUUACAUGUUGUAAUGUUGGGUCUUGAUUCUGCUGGAAAAACUACUGCUUUGUACAGACUAAAAUUUGACCAAUAUUUAAAUACUGUUCCCACAAUUGGUUUUAACUGUGAAAAAGUCCAAGGCAUGGUUGGUAAAGCGAAAGGAGUGCAAUUUCUAGUGUGGGACGUGGGAGGACAGGAAAAACUGAGACCUUUAUGGAGAAGUUAUACACGGUGCACGGAUGGAAUACUGUUUGUGGUAGAUUCUGUUGAUGUUGAGAGAAUGGAAGAAGCAAAAAUGGAACUUAUGCGUACUGCAAAAUGUCCGGAUAAUCAAGGGGUUCCAGUCCUAAUAUUGGCUAAUAAACAAGACUUACCUGGUGCUCGCGAACCUAAAGAACUGGAAAAGCUGCUAGGGUUACAUGAACUGCUGACACCAAAUUCUAUCAAUAUAAGUACGGUUCUAAAAUCGUGUUCCUCUUCCACUGGCAAUAUUGUAGCUACUACAAAAGCCACAGAAAAUGAAAACGUAGAAGACGGCGGUUAUGGGGAAAUUGGUGUUGGGAAUACAUCUUCUUCAGUUAUCAGUUCAAAACUGUCUUCAUCGUCACCAUCCAAUCAACAAAGCACCCGCGUAAUUAAUGAUAUGCAAAAUAAAGCGCCCUCAUUAAAAAAUUAUUCAUCGACUUCACUGCUAGACUCCUAUCAUUAUCAACAACAACAGCAGCUUAAAUCAAACCAACAACACACUUCUCAAAAAUCGCUAGUAACGCACGAAUUGCAGACAAAUUUAGUAACUCACCAGUCUUCUCCAUCCUCACUAGUAUGUACUCCAACCUCAUCCAGUAUACCCAGCAGCUGUAACAUUACCAAUAAUACUAGCCAUCACAAUGACAAUAUUUCUAAAUUGACUUCAUCUGCCACAUCAUCAAAUAUAAAUAAUUCUACAAUAUUACAAAAGUCAUGCAGUAAUACAAGCAACAUUUCAACCCAAUACAAGGGUUGGUAUAUACAACCUGCAUGUGCUAUUACUGGCGAAGGAUUACAAGAAGGACUUGAAGCUUUAUAUGACAUGAUUCUAAAACGACGUAAAAUUCAAAAGAUCCACAAAAAGAGACGGUAAUAUUUAUCAAAACUGGACAUAUUGUAAAUCAUGUUAAAUAUUAAAAAAAAAAAAAAAAAUUAUCAAAUGUAAUGAGAACAAUUUGUACUGGAUAACGCUUUGAACUUGAUAUUGUGAUUUUUAAUGAAAUACGUUUGCAACUAAUA